CCGGCGGCUGCGAGGGACGGGCCCCGCGGCCCCGGCCGGACACGGGCCAUGUCGGCCCGCACGCUGCCGCUGCUCUUCCUCAACCUGGGCGGGGAGAUGCUCUACAUCCUGGACCAGCGCCUGCGGGCCCAGAGCAUCCCCGGGGAGAAGGCCCGCAAAGAUGAAUGGACAGAUGUGGACAGGAAACGAGUUAUGAAUGAUAUCAUCACAACCAUGUUCAAUAAAAAGUUUAUGGAAGAGCUGUUUAAACCACAGGAACUCUAUUCCAAGAAGGCCCUGAGAACAGUGUAUGACCGGCUGGCUCAUGCUUCAAUCAUGAGGCUGAACCAGGCGAGCAUGGAUAAGCUCUAUGAUCUUAUGACUAUGGCUUUCAAAUACCAAGUUCUGCUCUGUCCUCGACCCAAAGACAUACUGCUAGUCACUUUCAAUCAUCUGGAUGCUAUCAAGGAUUUUAUACGAGACUCCCCUAAUAUUCUUAACCAAGUGGACGAAACAUUUCGGCAGCUAAUCGAUAUGUACAGUUGUCUCUCUGCUGGUGAAUUUCAGCUGAUCAGGCAAACACUCCUCAUUUUCUUUCAGGACAUGCACAUCAGGGUCUCCAUCUUUCUAAAGGAUAAAGUACAAAACUCGAAUGGUCGCUUUGUGCUGCCUAUAUCAGGUCCUGUUCCAUGGGGAACAGAAGUUCCAGGACUCAUCAGGAUGUUUAAUUGCAAUGGAGAUGAAGUUAAAAGGGUUGAAUUCACCAAUGGUGGAAAUUAUAUCAGUCCACAAAGGGAAGGUUCAUUUGAUCUUUAUGGAGACAGAGUGCUUAAACUGGGGACAAACAUGUACAGUGUUAGUCGGCCAGUAGAGACGCAUAUGUCAGGAGCAUCCAAGAGUUUGGCAUCCCACACAAAGGAGAAUGCAGCCCCUAACCCUCUUGCUAAAGAAGAACUGAACUUUUUGGCUAGACUAAUGGGAGGCCUGGAGAUCAAGAAACCCAAUGGCAGUGAGCCGGGAUUCCGAUUAAACCUAUUCACAACAGAUGAGGAAGAAGAACAUGCAGCAUUGACCAGGCCUGAAGAGUUAUCUUACAAAGUUAUCAACAUACAAGCAACCCAGGACCAACAGCAGAAUGAGGAGCUGGCUCGAAUCAUGGGAGAGUUUGAGGUGACAGAUCAGCCCAGACAGAGCACAAGCAAGGGAGAUGAUUUACUGGCUAUGAUGGAUGAAUUAUGAUACUCUGCUUCCCAGAGGCACAGGCAGAACAAGCUGUUUAUCUAGUCACUUACAAUUUGACACAGACAGAAACCUGCUGCUAGUCUCCUACCACAUGGAGCUGUUACAAAUCCUGUCUGUUUGUGUCAUGACUGAUUACACAGGCCAGCCUCAGACCCCAGAAUCAGUCUGGGUGGCAUUGAUAUACAUUCUACCAAAACUACUCUGAUUUUAAAUGUGACCUUUCAAUAUUUGCCUCCUUCAUUUUCUGUGAAAGCUCUAGAUUGUUCCAGGCCUGAGAUUUAGAAUCUUGAGUAAUUAAAGGAAAGGGGAAGUGGGCAUUCAUGUUCUGCCCUUAACCUUUGCUGUGGGAAGUCUGGAUACUUUAGAUACCAUUUAUAAUGGGAAAUGUGAAGCUUG